AUGUCUUUCCAGACGCCUGUUGGGACUUGCAAGACCACCGUCCCUGGUCUGGGAACGAUGGAUGGGUUACUCUAUGCCAAUGGCGUACAGCAAUUUUGUGGCAUUCCAUAUGCACAUCUCCCUAAGCGCUGGACGAGAUCAAUCUUGAACACAGAAUGGGCUGGGGAUUAUAUUAAUGGAACGAAGAUGGGAAACGAUUGUCCUAGCCCCAUGACCGACGGCGACGAUGUAGAUGAUUUAGUACCUGUGCCCCCCGCCGCUCAUUUCUCAGAGCCCAGAUCUGUGGAUGAAUUAUCCGGUUUGGUCAUGAAUAUCGUCAUUCCCCACAAGUUCAAAGAAGAAGCCAAGCCUGUUCCAGUCUUUGUUUAUGUCCACGGUGGUUCUCUACUAUAUGGCGGCGCCAAUCUUCCUAUUUUCGACGCCGUGAAUCUAGUAUCCCAUAGUAUAACAAUUGGUCUGCCCAUAAUCUGUGUGAAUUUCAAUUACCGCGUUGGCAUCGGUGGCUUCCUCGCCGGAGAUACCAUCGCCGCAGAACUGAAAAGAGAUGGAUACGCGGGAAGCGGAAACUUUGGCUUCACAGACCAACAAGUUGCGUUUGAAUGGGUGCAACGCUAUAUCCAAUCGCUAGGAGGCGAUCCAAACAGAGUUACAGCUGUUGGUGAGUCUGCUGGUGGUAUCUCCAUCAGUAAUCAACUCGUGGCAGCUAAUCCACCAGUCUUCCAUCGUGCUGUUUGCAUGUCCGGGGUAUCUGCAGCAAUUCCAGCAUGGACGAUGAAGCAGCAUAAUCGUUUCUUCGAAGCUGUAUGUGAUAAUUUUCAAAUUGACGCUUCAGAGGCCGAUGCUCUGGAACGAUUGCGUGCCAUCCCACAACAAGAACUUGCCAACGCAACCCCAGCUAUUCAAGGAGCUCUCUCAGGAACUGGCAACCCGUGUCUAGAUGGUUGGUUCUAUAAGUCUGGCGCAGAACCUAGAGACGUCCAUACACCACCUGCCUGGCUGGAAGGAUACAUGUUUGGGGAUACCUAUCAUGAAGGAGUCAUUUUUCACCUAAAUAUUCUCGAGGACAACUAUCAAUUUAUCCAUAAGGUUUUGCAAGCUCAUAUCGGCAAUGAAGCCUACGUGGAUCAGAUCCUAAAGGCAUAUGGGAUCGACGAUUGCUCCUCGCAAGAUAUCUUCUUGAGUUGUCUAGAGCAUAUGUGCGGCGAUAUUAUUUUCAAAAUUCCAAACUACCUACUCGCUCAGAGAAAGGCCGAAAUGGCCCGAUAUGCCUAUCAUUUUGAUCAGCGGUCUCGAAUCCAAAAUUCCAUGUUCGACACGGCAUAUCAUGCUCACGAGCUGCUUUAUCUGUUCAUGAACUUGGAAAAUGAGUUCAAUCAAAAGGAAAAGGCGAUGGCUCGGGAAUUUGCCUCUGCAUGGAUUCGAUUUGCAAAUGGGCUGGCGCCAUGGAUUGAAACUAUCGAACAGCGUCAGUGGAUGGUAUGGGGGCCAGAGAGUAAGACUGGGCUGAAGACUGAAGUUGAGGAUCAAGAAGUUCGAGACUAUGACCGAAUUAAAUCCAUUUUGCAGUUAGAUGAGGGAAGAUUGUGGAGGAAAUUGCUGGCUGCUGUGGAUGCGCUAGUUAAUCGACGCUGGAUUUUAUUUGGGGACGAGGUGAUAAGCUUUUAA